AUGGAUGAGCAUCAGGAAGAUCGACUGCGUGUGAAUUUUAACGUGAGUCUCUUGAAUGUCCCAUGCACCGUGGCUAGCGUGGACUUGGAAGAUCACAUGGGACAACGUUUUACGAAUCUGACGCGUCAUAUUCGUCAUUUUCGUCUUGCAACUGAUAAGACGACCCAUGACCUACAGAGAAUGGAUGAAGUUGUCAUUGACAAUCAUGAAAAGGGUGUCCCUGUCUGGGGAGGUGUUCAUCAUGAUACUAAAGGAGCCAACGUCCACUACUCAAUGCCACUGAAUAGCAAAACAUUUGAUGACUUUAUGGCCAAGUACGAGCUUGUGCUUGUCAACUUUUACGCACCUUGGUGUCCAUUCUGCCGUCAGCUUCACCCUGAGUGGGAACGAGCUGCAGCGCAGUUGCCUGACCACCCGGAAUACAGUGAAAUGGUGCGCAUGGCCUCAGUGGAUUGCACUGAUCCGGAAGCUAUGUCAAUCUGUCGUCGCGCACAUAUCCGUGCCUUCCCGUCUAUGCUCAUUUACAUGUACGGAAGUACGUCCACGCGCUUUAUUUACAACGGGCCACGCAGGACGGAACAUAUACUUCUGUUUUUGGAUCUCUUUUUCCGUCGCCUUGAGCCGGAUGCUGAUUUUGCUGAAGAAGUAAACAUGAACAGGGAUCGUCUUGGCUUACCGCUGCCUAUGCGUGUGAAUGGGGAAAAUUUAGAAGCAAUUGAUUUUAAGAAGCGUCACCCUUCGAAUUUUAUACAGUCUAACGCUGUUGAGGGAUGCGAAAUUUCAGGAAGUAUCAGUGUUAAUCGCGUCCCCGGUGUGUUGGUAUUCACGGCACGGUCUGAUGACAUGUCAUUCGACGCGCAAACUAUCGAUACUUCUCAUACUGUGAACCACUUUUCUUUUGGUCAAAUGCGACGUACAGAGAACCUGUUCGUUGGAGGCAACAAUCUACUCGCAGCACCGUCGAAUCGCUAUCCUCUUGAUAAGAAGACAUACACUACUGAGAGCGAAAGCACCACGGUGGAGCAUUUUUUGAAUGUGGUCGGUUUUGACAACCCGAACAAUAUUAGAAUGACGCACUUGGUGCAACGGUCGUAUGAGUUUUCGGCGACGACCACUCGAUACAAUGAUAAGCAGCCAUCCGCGCUAUUUAAGUUUGACAUCUCUCCGUUGGUGGUGCAGGCCGUGGCCGAUAACAUUCCAUUUUAUCAUUUCAUCACCGACCUGUGUGCGGUGAUUGGUGGCGUGUUUACUAUUCUUGGCCUUAUAGACUCGGGUGUUUUCCAUGCCAUGAACUCUAUCAAGAAGAAGCAACAAAUUGGAAAGCUAUCGUAG